AUGGUGUUGUCCAUCAUAAUGAACUAUUUUACUGCAUUGGGAAUAUUCUAUUUACGUACUAGCGCGGAUGAAAGAAAAGUCCGUUGGCUCCUUGUUGCAUCAGUUAGUGGAAACCUGAUCCUGUUAGGCUUUUUCAAAUAUACAAGUUUUCUUGUAGAACUCCUGAAUAUACUUACUUUACAAAGAGCGGCCACCAAACUCUAUACUCCUACAAUACAUCUACCACUUGGUAUUUCGUUUUUUACUUUUCAUGGUCUUUCAUAUAUUAUUGAUGUAUAUAGGAAUGAAGUUUAUGUGGAAUGGAAUCCAAUCACACUCGGUCUAUAUUUUUCGUUUUUUCCUCAAUUGAUAGCUGGUCCUAUUGUGCGAUAUCAUGAUGUUGCCCAACAGUUGGUGGAACAUCGAAAAUUCAGCUACAAAGAAUUUGCUCAAGGAGCGGUAGAAUUCACAAUUGGUUUAUGUAAAAAAAUGAUUAUAGCGAAUACCGUUGGCGCCGUGGCAGACACAAUCUUUGAUUUAUCAAUCGAAAAGCUAGACACUUCGCACGCUUGGAUUGGUUUAUUAACGUAUUCACUACAAAUUUAUUGCGAUUUUUCUGGUUAUUCAGAUAUGGCUAUUGGCCUUGCACGUAUGUUUGGCAUUCAGUUUCCUCUAAAUUUUAAUUAUCCCUAUGUGUCUCGAUCAGUCAGAGAAUUUUGGAGACGAUGGCACAUUUCACUGUCUAGUUGGUUUCGAGAUUAUUUAUAUAUUUCGCUUGGAGGAAAUCGAGUUUCAGAGCUUAGAGUUUGUUCAAAUCUUUUGACUGUUUUCUUUCUAUGUGGCCUUUGGCAUGGUGCUAGUUGGAAUUUUAUUAUAUGGGGUCUGUUUCAUGGACUAUUCCUAGCACUAGAACGGACUAAAAUCUGUACGUGGGCACUGAGCAGAACUCCACGAGUGUUACAACACUUCUAUGCAUUGAGUGUAAUUUCAAUUGGAUGGGUAUUUUUUCGAGCGAGCACAUUAUCACACUCUAUUCAGUUCAUCAAAGUUCUAUUUGGACUAGAAUCACGCCAUAAUCGAAUUAACGUUCCAGUAAAACAGUAUCUUGACGCAAAAGUAAUAACAGUUAUCAUUUUUGCUAUACUUGGCUCAUGUAGUGUUCUAUCCGCAAGCAUUCGUACGCUAAACCUUCUAAUUAUUUCUGAGAUCCCAUCGACAGAAAAACGAACAUUAGCUCAUCAACCAAUUCUCAAUAUCUGGCAGAUGAAUGAUUAUAUUAAGAAAUUCGAUUUAUUCUACAAUGACCACUUUGGAUUUCGUAUACGGUUAGUGGCAAUGUACGCUAUUUUAAAUGUCAAAAUUUUCGGAAUAUCAGGUGUUUUUCAUGUUAUUAUUGGUAGAAACAAUUGGCUAUUCGUUACUGAUUAUUAUCCAACUGAUCCGAGAACGCUUUCUGGUUGGCAGGGAUUUUAUCCUUAUUCUUUCGACCAACUAAUGAUCAUACAACAAAAUUUGGAAGCCGAAAAUAUGUGGUUUAUUAAAAGAAAUAUUACUUUCUUAAUUCUUCCGGCUCCUGAUAAGAACUCAAUCUAUCCCGAAUAUUUACCGUGGCGCUUUCAUACAGUCGUCGGUCCGAGUAGACAAGCGCAAAUAUUUGAACAUAUAAAGUUACAUUCAAACAUCAGCAUGAUAGAUGUAAGACAAGCGUUAAUCACAGCAAAAAAAGCACAUAAAUUUGAUCUAUACUUUAGAUCCGAUUCUCAUUGGAAUAGCAUUGGAUCAUUUUUUGUUUAUGAAGAGAUAAUGAAACGAUUAUUGCCUGUUAAUCCUCAGUUCGUGCCUCAUCGAUUAGAAGAUUUUUUUCUGGAUCGAGCACUGAAACGAAGAGGAGACUUAGCAGACAUGGCCAACUUAAAAGUAUCUCAUGUUUUGGAGCAUCAAUUUGUUCCAAAACAAAAUGUCACUGAAUACAACAACAAGGGCGCGAAAAAAGGAAAAAUAUUAUUUCUGGGUGACUCUUUCACGGAAUCUGCCGUAAAAGAAUAUUUCCGGCGACAUUUCGAAGAUGUAAGACAUGUAAGAGUUGAAAAAAGCGCUUAUUCAAAAUUAGAUAAGAAGAUUGUCUUACAAUAUCAUCCUGAUGUAGUCAUAUAUGAAUCUGUGGAACGGCUUUGGAUUAGUGAUGCAACCAGAAAUCUAUAA